AUGCACAAGUCAACAUUCCCCAUCAACGCAUACAACAACAACAACACCAUGCCCGAUCAGCUGAAUACAAAACCGUAUCCAAGAGAACGUUACUUGACUGCCGAGGAGAUAGAAUUGAGGGCACAACAUUCGAUUGAAGAACAGUUGAUCGAAUCCCUCAACCUCGCCCGCAAGAGACGCAACCACCAUUACCGUUAUUUGGCUUCGAAGAUUCGAAAAUGUAACGAAGAGAUUGCUGGAUGGAAGACUCUUGUAUCCGCAGUCAAGGAGCGCUUGCGGUCUGGAGUGAUUGCUCUAGAUGCAGGUUCGGCCGACAAGACCUUCUUAGGAAGCGUUGACGGCAUAAAGGAAAGCGUUACUACUUACGAACAUACGGUCGGAAAGAUGAAAGUUAUCGAAGAACGUCGCGCGUAUUGGGUUGCUCAGAUUCGCAAGUUCCAGGAGUUUGACGAAAAAAUCAAAGGCAUAGUUGCCAACAUGUCAACAUACUGCGGACCAUCCUUGGAGGAUAAGGACGAUAAUCUGUCGACAUCUCACCCCAGCGAACCAAUAACCGCAGCAAGUCCCACACCAGAAGGCCCUUCGUGCAAAUGCACUGCAUGCGAAGAAUACCAACAUAUCGCGUACUUGUCUGACGUAGAUCCUGGUGGUCUUGAGAUGUUAUAA